AUGUUUUCCGAAUAUGCAUCCAGAUUCCUAGCGCAGUCCCAGUCGCGAAUAUCGAACCUCGGAGCUCCCCACGACGACAAUGGCGAACAACAACCGGCGAUUAGGGGUGGCGGGCCAGAGUGGCCCGCUCGGGGGUCGCGACAUGGGCGGACCUUUAUGAGCAGCGGCCGCGGGCUGGCCGCCGGAAACCCGUACCAGCAGACCGGCACAGGAUCUCGUUUCGGCGGUCUGAACUUUGCCUCGCGAUAUUCGGCCGCCCCUGCACCGGAGGCCCCAUUGUUCCUGAGCACCCGCGGCGGAGACGACGAUGACGACGACGAGCGCGACCGCGAACACGCCGACUUUUCGGCAUUGCAGCGCUCGAGGCGAGUGAUCGCCGCCGGGAGGCUAGAGGAGAGCUCUGAGGUCGAGGGUGAUGCAAGCCGAGGGUCGCUGGAGCGGAGCGGGGAGGCCGACCAGGACAGCAGGACCCUGUACGGCCCAAGGGGACGUGGCAUCCGGAGCAGCUGGAACGGUACUAGGAGUUUCUACCGGAGGACCAAGAACCAGGAUCUUGUGGAAGAGGAGGAUGAGGACGAGGGAACGCCGUUAGGGAAGCGCCCGUCGCCGCCCCCGUCUGACAACGACAGUGGCAAGGGCAAGCUGGUCGACGUCGGGCUAGAAUCCACCGUACUCCGCCAAGACGACGACGAUUACGAUGACAACGAGCCACCACACGACCUGACUGUAGAGGCACCGGCCACCAGCUCGCCUCCCGCAUUCCAGAAAUUCAAGUCCCCAGCCAGCCCGACCCGAUUUUCUUCUCCCCGGCGCUCCUCGCGCAGGGACUCUGCCGCUGCCGAGUCCGAGGUUGGCCUGCUGCGGCAGAGCACGGCAAGCACAAACAUCCUGGAGCAUGUCGCGGCUCCGCCUGACGGAGAAAUAUUCAAGCACGACCCCUUCUUUGCCUGGCUGUACCUCAUCGCGCUCGCUUCGCUUUUCGCAACGUUCGUGCUCGUCUACCUGCACACAUCCACGCCGAGUCGUAAGAAGCCUCUGGGAGACACAGUAUAUACGACGCUGGUCUCGUCCUUCCACCUCCUCGCCGUCGAUACCCUCGUUGCUAUCAUCGUGUCAUUCGUGUGGUUGGCGGCACUCCGGUCCUUCGUCAAACCGCUCGUGUGGCUCAUCAUCAUUGCCGUGCCAAUAAUCAUGUUCUCGUUUACGCUAUACCCCAUGAUUUCUAGCUUCCAGGGACGCGACCACGGCUCUGGAUUACAAGACAUCGUCAUGAGGUGGGCGUCCUUCGUCCCCGGCAUCGGCGCCCUUGUGUGGCUCUACCUCGUUUGGAAGGGGCGUGGCGCGCUUAGGUCAGCGAUGGAGAUUCUCGAAUUCUCGAGCCGCAUUCUCGCGGCCAACCACGGUCUCGUUCUUGUCGGCGCCGCAUGCCUCGGACUGAUUGUUCUCUGGACGUGGGUCUGGCUGGGUAUGUUCACGCGCGUGUUCCUGGGUGGCUACUUCACGGGCACCUCAUACGUGCUGCAAGCGUCCACUUGGUGGCUGGCCGUCUACUUCGUCCUGAUGUACCUCUGGACCCUGUCCAUCAUCUCGGGCGUUCAGCGGGGCACAACGGCGGCGACCGUCUCGCAAUGGUACUUCCACCGGAACGCCGUGCCUGCGCCGUCGUCGACCGAAGUCGUAUCAGCUGCUCUGGGCCACUCAACGACGACGAUAUUUGGCUCCAUCAGUCUCUCGACGCUCCUCGCUCUCGUGGUCCGGCUGCCGCUGCUCCUACUGCCACGACGGCUCGCAGGCCUCGUGACGCUGUUUUUCCACGCCUUCAUCCCCACGUCCAUCGCGGCGCUGACGAACCCGCUCACCCUUACCUACGCAGCCAUCCAUUCGCAAGGUCUGGCGGCCUCGGCCAGGGGGUUGAGCCAGCUCAACUUCCUGUCGCCCGAGGCGCCGACGGCGACGCUGACGCCCAAGGCGUUCCGGCACGGAAGGCGCGGGGGCCCGGCGCCGCUCCUCCCAUACAGGCUGGCCAAGCUUCUACUGCACGCGACGCGGUUCAUCAUGGCGACGACCCUGGGUUUCGCGGGCUGGAUCAUGACGGCGCGGCAGCUCUCGAUCGAGUCGGGCAAGACGGGCGGGGGCCCGGGGCUCAGGGGCAGCGCGUACGCGUACGUGGUUGGCAUAGUGGCCUCCUUCAUCGGCUGGGGCGUCCUGGGUGCCAUGGAGGGCAUCCUGAGCGGCAUCGUGGACGGCGUCAUAAUCUGCUACGGCAGCGAGACGCGCAUGGCCGCGGGCGGCGGGAGGUACUGCAUGGAGGCCGCCUACCUAUUUGGCGAUCAGCGGCGCGCUGCGGACCGUGCUGCGAGAGAUGGCGGGGAUGUGUAUUGA